AUGCAGCAAGAUCCCCAUUAGCCACAGUCCAAACAAAAAGAUUCAAAAUCAAAUCCAAUAAGAGAAGAUAGAACUCAAAAAUCUGAAGGAGAUGCCAACCCUCUCGCCGUAAAACCCUACAAUCAGUUCCAUCAAUUCGACCCCAUGAACUUUUACCAUCAAAUGUCUCCAUUUCAAGGAAUUAUGGAUUUAAAUCGAGGCGGAAUAAAACCUAUCAAAGGCGCUUCUCCUGGAAUCCCCGGCAUGAUGAAUUUUGGGCCUCCCUCAUUUAUGCCUUUCCCAUUUGGAGGGCCUCCCUAAAUAUCUGGUAAUGAAAGAACAAAACUUCAUAGACCUAUCCCCGAAAACGGUAAAUAGAGCAGAUUCAACAAAGAUGCACUCUAGUAAAUGAGUUCUCCUUUCCUUGGUGCUUUAAAAUAUUUACCUCAGGAAGACGACAGAAAUAAUUAGAAGGAGACUAAGUAGGGUAUGAAUUUUCUCAAGCCUAAAGAUGCAUUAAUUGAGGCAAUUAACAAUACUAAAUCUAGUAAAGAUAAAUAAUAGUAAAUUCAAGAUUAAGACAAAUCAGAGAUAAAACAAGAGAUUAAAGAUGAAGCUCAAUAAAAAUAUGUAAAAAAAUAGAGAGAUCAAGAAGAGGAAAAGAAGAAAGAGAAGAAGGGAAAAAAUUUAAAUUCCAAGAAAUAAGACAGUGAGUCUGAUAGUGAAUAGUCAGAUGAUCCAAGACUCAACAAUGAUGAUGAUGAAAUCUCAGCUAAAAAUCAAGUUCAUAUUACUAACAGAUACAACUUAUUCAUGAACUAGUAGUAAUAUAAUUUCUAAAAUCUCCCUGGCUAACCCCACCAGUAAGGUGCAUUCCCUUCACCAUUUCCUUUCAUGGAUUUCUAAAUGUCACCUUUUAUGGGCCAUGGACCAAAUACUCCUGGUGACUUCAUGAAUAAUAAUCAUCAAUACCCUCAUGCUCAUCCCUUCUCUUCACCGUAUCCCUUUACACCAGGUAGUAUGUUCCCCCCAGGAUUUCACCCAAUGAUGCCCUCUUUCUCCCCUUAAAUUGAUGGAGGUCAUGGAUAAGAUUUUGGAUUUAGUUUCUAGUAAAAUUAACAUUAACCUCCUCCUUUUGCUCCUUAUAUGUGUUAAUAGCAGCCUAUGUUCAAAGUUCCACUUCCUCCAAGAAAAGAAGGAGAGGCUCCAAGUUUUGUAUUCUAUAAACAAGCUAGAAGAAUCUUAUUUAUGAGGAGCAAGAAGGCUAGAAAGAAUGAUCACAUUAGCCAGCCAAACCAUUAUUUCACAAGACUUAGAUAGGUAGGUGUUAUUCAAAUCAUAAUAUUUAAUUAGAAAUACAAAUCAAGAUAAAAUGUCGCCAAGAAUAGACAGAGAGAAAAUAACGGAAGAUUCAAGAAGAAGGAUCAGAAAAGAGAUUAGAAUGCUAAAAAUGAUAUAAAUACUGUAGUCUCUGAUAUCAACUUUUGA